AUGGAGUCUAAAGUGAUAAUUUGCAGCAUUAUUGUUUUAUUGUUUACAAGUUUGUGUUGUGCAGAAGAAGUGAAAGUGAUAGUAAAGGGUGUGACUUCCAUAGCCAAAACAGAUGAAAACUUUGUUUGUGCAACAUUAGAUUGGUGGCCUCAUAAUAAGUGUGACUACAAUCAGUGCCCAUGGGGAAAUGCAGGCAUUCUUAAUCUGGAUUUGGACAACAAGAUUCUUGCAAAUGCAAUCAAGGCAUUUAAAUCACUUCGGAUUAGAGUUGGAGGUUCGUUGCAAGAUCAGGUGGUGUACCAAGUUGGCAAACAUGCCAACAAGUGCCCACAUUUCAAGCUCAACCAUAAGGGCCUGUUUGGAUUCACACAAGGUUGUCUCCCCAUGGAAAGAUGGGAUCGCUUGAACAAACUCUUCAACCAAACGGGCGCUCUCGUCACAUUUAGCUUGAACGCACUCGCCGGAAGGAAGAAGGCGGCGGUGCCGGUGGAGGAGGACGACGAAGCUACCCUCAUGGUAGGCAAAUGGGAUCCAAGAAACGCCUACGAUUUGAUUAAGUACACUGCCUCAAAAGGCUACAAGAUUGAUUCUUACGAACUCGGAAAUGAGCUAUGCGGAAGCGGGGUGUCGGUGAGAGUGGAGGCGGAGCCAUACGGCAAGGACAUGAUGACUGUGAAGAAAAUGAUAAAAAAAUUGUACCCGAACGGUACAACCCGCCCGAAGCUGUUAGGGCCGGGCGGGUUCUACGAGGAGGAGUGGUUCAAGACCUUCCUCCAGGUGUCGGGGCCGAACGUGGUGGACGGCCUAACUCACCACAUCUACAACCUGGGUGCGGGCGUGGACCCCAGCCUCAUCGACAAGAUUCGAGAUCCUUACUUCCUGGAUCAAGUGGGCCAGACCUACAAGGAUGUGUCCACCUCGGCCCGGCUCUACGGGCCGUGGGCCGGGCCCUGGGUUGGGGAAUCCGGCGGCGCUUACAACAGCGGCGGCAAACACGUGUCUCACGCCUUUGUUAGCGGAUUCUGGUACUUGGAUCAGUUGGGGAUGACAUCCACAUUCAAUCACAAGGCUUUCUGCAGACAGGCAUUGAUUGGAGGGAACUACGCACUCUUGAAUACCACCACCUUUCUUCCUAAUCCAGAUUACUAUGGUGCAUUGCUAUGGCAUCGUCUCAUGGGAAAGAAUGUGCUUGCCGCAGCUCACGGCGGCUCGCCUUAUUUACGCGCCUACGCUCAUUGCUCCAAGAAAACGGCAGGAAUCUCGGUUUUGCUAAUCAACAUGUCGAACUCGACGACGUUUCAAGUGUCUGUAGUGAAUGAUCUCAACUUGUACCCUCUAGAAUCGGAGUUGAUGGAUGAAAAUGAAAAUGAAAAUGAAAAUGAAAAUGAGAGAGAGGAGUAUCAUCUGACGCCUAAAAAUGGCAACAUUCUGAGUGAUGUUGUGCUGUUGAAUGGGACGCCGUUGAAGCUGACGGAAUCGGAUGAUAUUCCGGCCAUGAAUCCGGAGGUUGUGGAUGCGACGCUGCCCAUCUCCGUUGCGCCCGAUUCCAUAGUUUUCGCUACGCUGAGAGGGUUUAGGGCCCCUGCCUGUGCUUAGAAAUUGUUUGCUUGCAUUCUUGCAUGUCAUCUUUUGUUGCUUCUUCUUUUUCAAUGUUUUAUUGCGCUCUUUCUUAAUUUGUGUCACAUAUUAUUGUUUAAUGAAAUUGUAGUUGU